CCGUGCCUGUGCUUCAUAGUUCUCCCAAUUGGAGAAGAUUAUGGAAGAAUUAUUUGGGUUGGUGAAUAUCCAAUGCUAUUAACAUUUAUCGAAAUGCUGACGUCAUUCUCCUAGUACAUACACAUUACCCAAAAGUAUUUCUCUCGAAUUUCAUCAUCCAGGAACUUGUACAGAUUGUUAACAUUCAUUCAGCAAAUGAAUUCGUACAAGAAAUUUGAGAUCCGGAAGAGGGAUCCGGACCCGAAAUCCGUGGCUUUGUUGGUGAUCGACAUCCAGAAUCACUUCGAAUCCAUAACCCGCCCCAUUUUACCUGCCCUCAACUCCACAAUCGACCUCUGCCGACGCUCUUCUGUGCCGGUAUUGUUCACGCGCCACUGCCACAAGUCCCCCGCCGACAACUCCAUGCUCUACGAGUGGUGGAACGGCGAAAUCAUCAUCGACGGCACCCCCGAUUCCCAACUCAUCCCCGAUUUGCACCGAUCAGACUCUGAUUCCGUCAUCCUAAAGAACACUUACAGUGCUUUCAGAGAGACGGGUUUAGAAGAGAGGCUGAAAGAGAUGGGAGUGGAGGAGGUUAUAGUGAGCGGGGUGAUGACCAACUUGUGUUGUGAGACGACAGCUAGAGAUGCAUUUGUUAGAGGUUUCAGAGUUUUCUUCUCAACCGAUGCAACCGCAACCUCAUCAUCCGAAUUACACGAGGCCACUCUUAAGAACAUGGCUUUUGGUUUUGCCUAUUUGGUUGAUUGCAAUACCCUCCAACACUCGUUUUCCAAAUCUAAUAAUUAGAUCAUGUCUUAGUUUUUACUACCACUUGUUUGAUCAAAAAAUAAAUUUUGGACAAGCUUCUGCUAUGAUAUAUAUGAAUGAUGAUUAUGUUUUCUAAUUUACUAGAUUAAUCAUAGAGUAUGUAAAUUGAAGAGUUAAUUAACAUUUUGAAAUAUAGUAAAGUAUGUUCCUUACUUCCUUCUU